AAAAAUAAAACAUACAAUUAUUCACUACAUUGUUUGCCAAUACUUACUGCAAAACAAAAUGUAACUAGAAUAAUUUAUUUUAUCAAAUGAUCAAUGAAAAUAUAUAAAUAGACAACAAUUAUUUAGAACAACAAUACCAUACUUUAUUAGAGAAGGAAACAAAUAGGGAAUAGGGAGUAUUUAAUUUUUUUAUGAUUGCAGCUUCCAAGUUGGAAGAUCGUUUAAGGUCCUUGACAUUGGGGACAAUCAGGGCGUGGGUUCGUUCUACCACUCCCACCACUGGAACAACAUCGAGCGCACCCAACCCGCAAGCGGUGGCAGCAAGCGGAGACGCAUGACCCACCGGCGUAACCACCGCCCCUCGGGAGGUCACCGCCGUAGGCUCCUGCUGGGUGGUAGGCGGCGCCAGGCUCUCCGUUGGCAAGGACCACCACCUCUGACGGGAUGGUCAUGGAAACCAAAAGCAAGACGAGGAAGGAGAAAAGAGCAAUCUUUGAAUUGCCCAUCCUCUUUGAAGUUCGUCUGCAAGUCGGAUUUGUUUCUCAAAACUGGAUGGUUUGUUUAAUUUAGACCAUGUUUUCUUAUUUAUAGGAAGGAUUAGGUAGAAGACGAGUCCAGGACGGCGGCGGCCGUCGGCCCCUCAUUCGGCAAGUGGUCUAACAGAGUUGGCUUUAAAAUACUUUAUCCAUCAGUCCCACCAAAUUAAAAGAAAUAAAACAAAAAUGAAGUCUUUACUGGUGGCUGUGGAAAUUUCUUGACAUCCUCUCCAAAAGAGAGGGUUGAUUUGUGGAAUUGGGAAGAACACGGGUUUCUUUCUCCCAUCAAAAUAGAAAUUUGGUUUUCAUAAUCUCACCUGAUGCUGGCAAGAAUCACUGUACCCUACCCAGAAAGAAAAACAAGAAAUGGAGACAUCUCUCUACCUCUGGGUGUUCUUCAUCGUCCUUCAACAUUAUUGUGUCAAGAAUUGCUCCUCUGCAUUCUCUUCUUCCACAGAUGAAGCUGCUCUUCUUUCACUGAAACCCCAUAUGAUCUCAGUCCCUUCUUCACUGGAAACUAAUUGGUCUACCGGGAGUCCCGUCUGCGAUUGGCUUGGGGUCACCUGCAAUUCCCAUAGCCCAAGAAGAGUCACCGCUUUGAACCUCUCGAAUCUGAAUCUGACCGGAGAGCUUCCUCCCCAUCUGGGUAAUCUCUCUUUCCUCACUUCCCUUGACCUGAGCAACAACAAUUUCCGGGGAACUCUCCCCGCCGAGCUUGCAAGUCUCCACCAGCUGCGUCUCCUCCAGCUCAACGACAAUGGAUUCGGGGGGCAAAUCCCAGAAUGGCUCGGAACUUUGUCCGGGCUUCAAAGGUUGUCUCUUUCAGACAACAAAUUCGUGGGCGAAAUCCCUCCCUCUUUUGCCAAUCUAUCUAAACUGGAGCAACUGGAAGCAUUUUCCAAUUCUAUAGAGGGAAACAUUGGAGGGUGGAUUUGGAAGCUAGGCAGUUUGAAGUUUCUUGAUUUGUCCAUGAAUAAACUUAGCGGCGCUUUCCCAUCACAGCUUUUUAACAUCUCCACUCUCCAGCACAUUGCUUUGGGAGACAACAACUUGCUGGGAAAUCUCCCCUUUGACAUGUGUCGCCGGCUUCCUCUUCUUGAAGUGUUUGUGUUGGCUAACAAUGCAUUGGGUGGUCAAAUCCCUUCAGGUUUGUCGAAUUGUUCACAGCUCCAUGAGCUGACAUUGUCAAGCAACAGAUUCGAUGGAGUCAUACCUCAGGGAAUUUGGAAACUAGAGAAGCUGGAACAGUUAUAUCUAGGACAAAACGGAUUCUCCAAAGGUGUGAUCCCACAAGAGAUAGGCCAUCUUCGAAAUCUCAAGGGUUUAGGGUUGGGUGGAACUCAACUUACAGGCCUCAUACCGGUAGCCCUAUUCAACAUUUCAACACUUGAGGAUGUACACCUUGAACAUAAUAGCUUGCAUGGUGAGAUACCAAAAGAGAUAAGCAAGCUCCACCAAGUAACAUAUAUCAAUUUGUCCAACAAUACUCUUAGUGGUCCUAUACCAGUUGGUAUAGGGAACAUGUCAAAUGUUAUAGGACUUCAUCUCUAUGGGAAUCACCUUAGCGGAACCAUACCGAGCUCCAUUUCAAACUUGACCCAACUCCAAUCACUACAGCUAAUUGGUAAUGAAUUAGUUGGAGAAAUUCCUCUAUUCCUUGGAGACCUAAGGUUCCUUGAUUUUCUAAAUCUGGGCUACAACAAUCUCACUUCUCAAGGACUGAGUUUUAUCACAUCACUUACCAGGUGCCAAGACCUAAAGGUCCUGAUUGUAAGUGGAAACCCAUUGAAUGGAAACAUCCCAACUUCCAUUGGCAACUUUUCAUCUUUAGAGAAAUUCUAUGCGGAUGGCUGCAAUAUUAGUGGGAUCAUUCCAGGCGAGAUUGGGAACUCGAGCGAAUUAAUUUUGUUAAGCUUAAACUACAAUAACCUGACCGGACCGGUUCCACGUACGAUGAAGGGCAUCCAAGGACUGUUCCUUCAAGGCAAUGCCAUUGAUGGGUCCUCACUGCACGCGCUCUGUGAAUUUCAUAGCCUUCUUAAUCUCAACCUCAUCAACAACAAUCUCUCUGGUUCAAUCCCAGAAUGCUUAGGGGCAAUCACUUCUCUAAGAUAUCUUUUACUUGGUGAUAACAAGUUGACGACCAUACCACCCGGUGUUUGGAACCUUAGAGAUAUCAUGGAGCUAAAUGUAUCUGCGAAUUCCAUUCACGGUCCCAUAUCCUCCCUUAUGAAGAACCUAAAGGCAGCGAUAAAGAUAGAUCUUUCGAAGAAUCAGUUCACGGGUGAAAUUCCAGACAUCUUCAGUGAGAUGUUAGACAUGCAACAUCUGUAUUUGGGACAUAAUAAAUUGACUGGCUCUAUUCCUAGUUCACUUGGCAAAGCCAUCAGUCUCGAAGUACUGGACCUAUCACAUAACAAUAUUUCGGGUUCAAUCCCUAGAUCCUUGGAGAAUCUUAAACAUCUAGCAAAGCUUGACCUUUCUUUCAAUCAUCUAAGUGGGGAAAUUCCUUCCGGUGGCCCUUUCAAAAACAUCACAAAUCUAUUCUUUUCGUUCAACAAAGAAUUAUGUGGCGACCCGAGGUUUCAUGUCCCACCGUGUCCUCAUCACUCAACUAACAGCCUAGGGCCAAGGAAGAUUCUCCUACUUGUACUCAUACCUGUGGUUGGGAGUACACUGCUUGUACUUGCCCUGGUUCUCAUCUUCAUACGGAGAAGAUACGGAAGGAAAGAUCAGAAUGCUGGAAGAAUCGAGUCCGGGUGGUAUAAGGAAAUGGAAAGAAUUUCCUAUCAUGAGCUUGUUGAAGCAACAAGUAAGUUCAGCCAAGGCAAUUUGCUUGGAUCAGGAAGCUUCAGUCAUGUCUACAAGGGAAUUCUCAGAGAUGGAACAUUAGUGGCAAUAAAAGUUUUUAAUCUGCAAAUGGAUGAUAUCUUCAGAAGCUUUGAGGUUGAGUGUGAAGUUUUACGAAAUGUUCGUCACAGAAAUCUUACCAAAGUGAUCAGUAGUUGUUGCACAGAGGAAUUCAAGGCCUUGGUUCUGCAGUAUAUGCCGAAGGGAAGCCUUGAACAGUGGUUGUACUCCCACAACUACUUCCUAAGUUUCAUCCAAAGGCUAGACAUAUUGAUAGAUGUUGCAUGUGCCCUGGAGUAUCUCCAUUAUGGGUGUUCGCCGCCUAUUGUUCACCGUGAUCUAAAACCCAGUAAUGUCCUUCUUGAUGAAGACAUGGUUGCUCAUGUGAGUGAUUUUGGGAUUGCAAAGUUGUUGGUAGAAGGGCAAAGUAUCAACCACACAAAUACCCUGGCAACAAUAGGCUAUAUUGCACCGGAAUAUGGAUCACAUGGAAUGGUGUCAACUAAAUGCGACGUGUAUAGCUUCGGUAUCAUAACGAUGGAGCUUUUUACAAGAACAAAGCCCAACGACGAAAUCUUCUGUGCGGAUUCAAGCUUGAGGGAAUGGAUUAAAAGUUGUACUCCUCAUGCAGUAAUCCAGGUUGCGGACGCGAACUUGGUACGGCCAGAUGAACAUCAAAAGCUGAAGGUUUUGUCAUCUAUCUUGGAGUUAGCUUUGCUUUGCUCAAUGGAAUCCCCUAAUGAGAGGAUGGGCAUGAAAUAUGUUCUUGUUGAACUGAAUAAGAUCAGAAGGGAGUUUCUUUCACACUGCCACAGGUAGUAAAAUGUUUUUGAGACUCUUUGGCAACAACAUUAGAUGUUAUAGUGUUUUUAACUUCAGUGUAAAUCAAUAGUAUUAAAAUUUUAUCUAAAACAUUAACUCAAAUCGAAAACGUUGUUCCCAAAGAAGGUUGAAUGCGGAGUCUUGUUGUACACGUUUGUUACCUCGUAUUUUUUUGUAAUAGUUAUCACAUGUUUUCGUUUUGAGUUCAUUGUCGCGUGUAAUUAUGAUACAGAGUAUGAUGAUUGGUGAAAUAAAUUUUUUUUAGUGGU